AAUGAUGAAAAAUGUUGAAACUCAUUAUAGAUCAGGGUGUUUAAGUCUAGAAUAUGAGAGAAAGUAUUUCUUCUUCAGAUGGUUCAAAUAGAAAACAGACAAGAAGAUUCGAAAUAAUAAGAUAAAUAUGGAGGAAUACAAGAAAUAAAUUGCUCAUAGGAAGAUUAAUUAAGAGUAAGAAGAAUUAGAUUUAUAAGGGGAUUUAAGAAGAGUAUUCAUUAUAGCAUUUAUCAGUAGACAUCUCCUAGAAUCUUAUGAU